AUGGAGCGCACGAAGCUGUACCCCGUUUGCGAGGUGUUCGCUGGUGUGCAUAGCAUUUGUCGCUCCGACGGUUUCGGCUUCGAGUAUCGGAAGUGCAGGACCCACAACAUCCACACCAUCGAGGGCCUGACGGUGCUGAUUGUCGCGAUGGCAUGCACUGUGCCUUUGGACUACUUCGGAUGGUUGUCACACGUCUACGAACGUUUUGGCACUGCCCAACACUUCCUGCGCGCUGCAGCCGAACAGAGUGGGAAGAAGUGGUACGCUGGGCUGGGGCUGGGUUUCUUUGGAAAACGGCGGAGGCGUUUCACCGGGCCCCUGGUGAUUUCGGAAUGGUACGGCAGGCGAGAACUGUGGCUCAUGGAAGCGAACCAGGAGGCUUUGCCCAUGCUGAGCCUUGAAGCCAUCUUUCCCAAACUGUUGCCGCUGCCAUCCCAAGCUUCCCAAGCGGCCCCGGUGCAGCAAGCAGCACCCGUGGCGCCGCAGGUCAAUGAUCAGCUCCACUUCUACUGGCACCGCCCUCCACUUGAGCUGGUGGAGCAGCAAAGCCGGGAUCCAGAUACGGUCCGGAUCCUUCUGAAUGGGUGCUUCGAUUUGAUGCAUGUGGGUCACUUCAAUGCCCUGCGGCAAGCGAAACGGCUGUUUUUCCAGCAGGGCUACAAGAAGGUGGUUAUGGUGGCGGGGAUCCACUCAGAUGAAGCGAUAAGCAAUCAGAAGGGACCUCCGAUGAUGUCCAACGACGAAAGAACUGCUAUUCUCGAGGCUACAAAGUGGGUCGACGAGUUCGUCACGCAGUUGCCAUACACACAGAUCUCAGUGCAGAUGGCUGACACGCUCCGUGUGAAGUGGGUCUGCCAUGGCGAUGACAUGCCCGUUUGUAGAGGCGGCCAUGGCAUGUACAGCGCAGUGGUGGAGGAGAAGCGUUUCCAGGUGCUGAAACGCACUGAGGGUAUCUCCACGACCCAGAUCAUUAGCCGCAUCAUCCAACAACAAGGAUGGAGUCAGCAUCAGGGCGAAGCCGGCGGCGCCGGUGAAGCGCUAAGCAGUGCCCUGUGCACUGCGCAGCGGCUGCAGCAGUUUGCCGCUCCCCCGGGUGACAGGCCACCCAAGCAGCUGACUGCUGCCAAGCGGGUGGUCUAUGUUCCAGGCAUUUUCGACCUGAUCCAUCCAGGGCAUGUGAGUAUCUUGCGACAAGCCGCAACGCUGGGUGACUUUCUGCUAGUCGGUCUAUACUCAGACGAGACUGUGACAGUUCACAGGAACCAUGGCAAACCGCCUGUUCUGACACUGUUGGAGCGGGCACUGGCA